AAAAAAAAAAAGAAUGAAAGAAAGAAAGAAACAUAAUACCUGGCUACUUGCCUCCCUGAAGCCGGCCCCUUCCCAAAGGAAGCACAGGCACAAACCCAUCUCGCGCCGCCGUCCUUCUCUCCGAUCGCCUCUCCCCCCACCGAUCCGUCCGUUCUCAAGAGGAGUCGCAGCCGGAGCAGAUCCAUGGCGCUGGCGUCGAGGCUGGCGCAGCUGCAGAACAAGGCGUGCGAGGCGACGCGGUUCGCGGCGAGGCACGGGUGCGCGUACCAGAAGGCGCUGUUGGAGAAGAACAAGAAGUACGUCGUCGAGCCGCCCACCAUCGAGCGGUGCCAGGAGCUCUCCAAGCAGCUCUUCUACACCCGCCUCGCUAGCCUCCCUGGUCGCUACGAAGCAUUCUGGAAAGAGCUUGAUCAAGUGAGGCAGUUGUGGAGAAACAGAAAGGAUCUGAACAUUGAGCGCGCUGGCAUUGCUGCACUCUUUGGCAUUGAGUUGUAUGCAUGGUUCUGCGCUGGCGAGAUCGUUGGUAGAGGAUUCACUCUCACAGGCUACCAUGUCUGAGUGCUAAGCAACAAACUCAGGCCGGUGAAGACCUUUUAGGCAACUCAAUAUUUUGUAACCUGAUGCGCAGUUUUGUUUUCGAGAUAUUCGUGAUGCUGUAUGGAAUGCACGCAUCUCAGUGAAACCGACUUGAUGAGAUAAAAUAAUCACACUGCGUCUUGG